ACAAAAACCACAGAGAGCUCUUUUGUUAGCCAGCGCGCAGAUAAAAAGAUAAAAGAGCGAUAGAAAAGUGGUCUGAACACUCUACAAGCUCCACUCCCCCUCCGCGUGAUCCCCACAGACGAGAUAUGACCAUGUCCAAUUGGCGAGCAAGCGGCUGGUUGGCGCCCGCGCGGCUGCUUCGUGUGGUGCGCGGCAAGUCCGACUACAGCAAGACGGCCAAGAAUCUGAAGAUCAACAAGGAGACCAAGCUGCUGGUGCAGGGAUUCACCGGCAAGCAGGCCACCUUCCACUCGCAGGAGGCCUUGAAGUACGGCACCAAUGUGGUCGGUGGCGUGUCGCCUAAGAAGGGCGGCACCAAGCACCUGGACAAGCCGGUCUUCAAGAGCGUCGCGGAGGCGACGAAAGAGUUGAAGCCGGACGCCACCGUGAUCUUCAUUCCGCCGAGCAAUGCCGCCGAUGGCAUACGUUCGGCCAUCGAGAGCGAGAUCGGUCUGAUCGUGGCCAUCACGGAGGGCAUACCGCAGGUGGACAUGGUUCGCAUCAUGCAGAUGCUGAACUGCCAGGAGAAGUCCCGCCUCCUGGGCCCCAACUGCCCGGGCAUCAUCUCCCCCGAUCAGUGCAAGAUUGGCAUCAUGCCCGGCGACAUCCACAAGCGCGGCUGCGUCGGCAUCGUCUCCCGUUCGGGCACCCUCACCUACGAGGCCGUCCAGCAGACCACAAAGACCGGCCUCGGCCAGACGCUGUGCAUCGGCUGUGGCGGCGACCCCUUCAACGGCACCAAUUUCAUCGAUGGACUCAAGAUCUUCCUGUCUGACCCCGAGACCAAGGGCAUCAUCCUCAUUGGCGAGAUCGGCGGCAGUGCCGAGGAGGACGCCGCCGAGUUCCUCAAGCAGCACAACUCCGGCUGCAAGGCCAAGCCCGUUGUCAGCUUCAUUGCCGGACAGACCGCCCCGCCCGGCCGUCGCAUGGGCCAUGCGGGUGCCAUCAUUGCCGGCGGCAAGGGCACGGCCCCGGCCAAGGUUAAAGCACUGGAGAAGGCAGGCGUCAUCGUGUCCCAAAAUCCCUGCCACAUGGGCUCCACCCUCUACAAGGAGAUGCUGCGCCUCAAGCUCGUCCCCAAGAAAGAGGAGGCCGGCUCCAGCAACAAGAAGUAGGCCCAAAAGGAUAGAAAGAUUUCCGUUAAGGGUUCCCUUCAAGAGUUACAAAUAAAUAAAGAACAUGCAAUAGCCCAA